UCACCACGAUUCAAAAUGACGACACCAAACGCUAAUAGAUCUUCCGAUACCCGCGCCAAUAACUUUGAUAGUAUAAGCGAAGCAACCGACAAUGAAGAAGACAUGCAGUUAACUGCAGAGCCCUCUAGCUCUUAUGACCUUAUAUCUAACAGGCUUGACCAGCCCGACUGUGUGUAUGAAAAUAAAGAUGACUGUGUGAAGUGCAAGACUUCCAGUGAACCCGUUUGCCAUAUAAAAUUGGAGCAACUAGAAAAUCUCAAGAACAGCACUAAAAGGCUUUUAUGCUUAUUAGAAGAUGUGCAGGCAAAAACCCAUUCCACGGCGCUGGUUACUGAUGAUCCGCCGAAAAUGGCCGACGUUUUAAGACCCAUGGCCAUUUGGGAUACUGAAAAUCGGGAUAUGAUGGACCGAUCAGUGGCUGAUAUCAUCGGUGACGCAGCCAUGAAAAGAUUGGAAAAACAGACUAAAGAAUUAGACUCUAUUGUUAUUGUCGACAAAGACGACGAUUGUUCAGUAUACAAAAGAUUAAGUAGAAAGUGCCACUGCCUGAACCAGCAAGAAUACAACGACUUUAUUAUCCAUUUUAACGAAGAGACGAAAUUUGGCACCAACCCAAUAGGAGAAAUCAUAAAAAACAUGUACAUUCUCAAAAGGUUUUUAUAUAUGGGCGGCCAAUAUACUAAAAAUGCUUUGCUCUUUUUAAACCAGGGCCUAGAAGAAGGCACUUAUACGGAAAAGUCGGAGAUCAUACAAGCAUGCGCCUUCGCUGAUGUCUGCUGUAUAUUCGAUACACGCACCAUUGUGACUGUGUGCAUUUCUUGGCCGUGUAAGAACCCCCGCUUGAUAGGAGCAGAUACGCAGGAGAUGACAGCAAAACUCCUAUACAAUCUCUCCAGACUCGAAGAAGGCCGACGGUACUUAAAUUUCAAUGCAAAAAUAACUUGUGAGAUCAAGAAGCUUCUUAAGAAAUAUCAAGAUAAAAUAAGCUAUGACACCGUAGAAAUGCUUAAUUCGGUUUUAAAUACAUGCCAGCCGCAAGUUCAGCAUACUGGAAUGAGUCUAACUUACCACUGUCGGCCAAUGCAAGAAGGUAUCGGAAACAAGACACUGAAUGCACUGAUAGCCUAUCGACAGCAUAUGACUUUAAACGAAUUGUUUUUGCACUUGGAAAUUCUUAAAAAUGUAUCUGGAAAUGAAGAAACGAAAAAGCAUCUCACGCCAUACCUGCCAUCAAUGUUAAGCUUGUUCAAAAAUAUGCUCCUAGAGUUUGAUAGCGGUGAUAUAAAUAUAAUAAUUACAAAUAUUAUGACCAAUAUAGUGGGCGACAGUGUUGCGAAAAAUGUAAAGGAAAUUCCAAACGCCAUAUUAGACGAAAAAUUCACAUCAUGCAUAGGAACUGAGCCCAUUCAGAAGAAAAACAAGACAAUUCAAGUGCCUCUGAAUAAAACGAACCACAAAUACCAGAAAAAGGCUUAUCAUCACUCACAUCAUGUACCCGCAUACAUUCAGAAAAAAGAUAUGGGAGUUAAUAACCGACAAAAAAGCAACGUAAUACAAAAAUCAGAAGUCCAAGAUAUCAAUAAAACGAGAAAACCAAACACAUCAAGCGUUAUUAGACCAAAAACCGCACCAGCUUUAAGGUCUUUAAACGCGUCCAAAGUUAAGAAUUUGGCGUCAUUUAUUAAAUCAAACGUUAAUGUUUUCCGGAGAGAAAACACUAAAACUCCUGUAUAUACUGUUAUCAACAGGUCACAAAAAUUCACAGGUCUUUCGUGGGGAGAUGUCAACGAUGUUAUAGUGGUACCCAUGGACAACGAAAAGAGUGACGUUAAAUAAAUUGUUUAUAAUUUCAUAAAAUUACAAAAAUGUAUAUACAUUUUCUACCUCCAUUUGCCAUAACCAGAGGACAUC